GGUCGAAUAUCUCGCCAUGGCUCCCAUUAAACGAAAGGCUCAGACCGAGGAGCGCGAUGUGAAGCGCUCCAAGCCUGAUGCUUCUGGAACCGCUCCGAUCAAGAAGAGGCAACCCACCGAGUCCAAGGAACAGGGCGACAGAAAUCCCGUCAAGGCCUCAAUCCUGUCACAAGAAGAGCGCGCUUUCCCCCGUGGUGGCGCAAGUGUCUUGACUCCUCUGGAACACAAGCAGAUCAAGAUCCAGGCCGAACGCGAUGUUCUUUUCGAGCAAUCUGGAGGCAAGAAGCAAAAGCCCGACAACUACUCCGACGACGACGACGAGGACGCCGACGCUGGAGCCGACUCUGGUGCUGCACCCAAGAAGAAGAGAAAGACAAAGGCCGAUAAAAGAGCUGCUAAGGCUGCUGAAGACGACAAGCCUCAGAUCAAGAUCCACGGUCUGAGUUACAAGAACAUCACCGUUGGCACUCUGGUGCUGGGACAAGUUACCGACAUCACAUCCCGCGAUGUUGCCCUCGCACUACCCAACAACCUCACAGGAUUCAUCCCCUUGACGGCCAUCUCAGAAAAGGUCAACCAAAAGAUCGAGGCUCUGCUGGCUCAGGCCGACGAAGAUGUCAAGGACGAGAGCGAAGACGAAGACGACGACGAUCUUGAUCUCAAGUCGCUUUUCCACGUUGGUCAAUGGCUCCGAGCCAUUGUCACCUCUACCGCCGACGAGACUGCUGUCAACGGACUGCGCAAGUCAAAGAAGAGAAUCGAAUUGUCCGUCGACCCGAAACAAGCAAACAUUGGCCUCGACUCCUCAAACCUCCCCGUACACUCGACGCUACAAGCCUCGGUCCGCAGUGUAGAAGACCAUGGUCUGGUCAUGGAUUUGGGCCUGGACGACGAGUCUGUCAGAGGUUUCGUCUCAAAGAAAGAGCUGGGAAAGAUUUUCGACAUCUCCAAGAUUCACGAGGGCCAGGUCAUGCUCUGUGUUGUGACUGGUAAGGCUUCGGAUAACAAGGUUAUCAAGUUGGCUCCUGAUUUCACAAAGAUGGGCGACAUCAACAAGCACUGCCUUUCCGACGCUCCCACCAUCGAUGCUUUCCUCCCCGGUACCGCUGUUGAGGUUUUGGUAACCGAGUCAAGCCGUGGAGGAAUUGCUACCAAGGUCAUGGGAAUGCUCGAUGCGACUGCAGAUGUCAUCCACUCGGGUGCUGGUGCUCGUGUGGACGACGUUUCGAAGAAGUACAAGAUUGGCUCAAAGGUCAAGGCCCGUGUCAUCUGCACUUUCCACUCUGCCGAGAACAAGAAGCUCGGUAUCUCUUUCCUCGACCAUGUCAAGACCUUCAAGGCGUUUGCCCUUAGCAGCGAGAAGAAGGCCGACAAGAUCGGUCCUUCCUCGAUUGUUGAAGAUGCCCAGGUUGUGCACGUUGAGCCUGCUAUGGGUCUCUUCCUCAAGCUUUCUGGUUCCUCAAAUCCCGGCUUCGCUCACAUUUCCAGAAUCUCUGACAAGAAAAUCGACAACCUUUCAGAAACCAUUGGCCAGUAUAAGCUCGAAUCCACCCACCGCGCCAGAGUUCUUGGCUUCAACCCUAUCGAUGCUGUGUACAAUGUAUCUCUCGAGCAGAAGAUCCUGGACCAGCCUUUCCUCCGUAUUGAGGAUGUCGAGGUUGGCCAAACAGUCAAGGCAACUGUCAUGAAGAUCAUCCUGGGAGCUAAGGGAGUCACCGGUGUCCUUGUCCAGCUUGCUGACGGCAUUGACGGUCUCGUUCCUGAGUCACACAUGUCCGAUGUGAAGUUGCAACACCCCGAGAAGAAGUUCAGAGAAGGUUUCCCCGUCACUGCUCGUGUCCUGACAGUCGAUCCCGAGAAGAACCAAAUCCGUUUGACCCUGAAGAAGACUCUCGUUAACACUGAAGCCAAGAUCUGGAAGUCAUACGAGGACAUCAACGUCGGAGACGAAGCCCCUGGUACUAUCAUCAACAUCAAGCCCAAUGGUGCCGUCGUUCAGUUCUACGGUAAGGUUAGAGCAUGGCUCCCCGUGGCUGAGAUGAGCGAGGCCUACAUUUCAGAUCCCUCCCAACACUUUAGACAAGGCCAAACAGUCAUGGUCCACGCCCUUUCUGUCGAUGCAGAGGCCGAAGAGCUCAAGGUUUCCUGUAAGGAUGCCUCUGCUUUCGGAAAGGACGAGGAGUCUGCUUGGAACGAGCUGAAAGAGGGUCAACUCAUCAACGCAUCUGUCACAGAAGUUACUGGUGAGAGCGUCAUGCUUGAUCUGGAGGGCUCAAACCUCAAGGGUACGCUCCGCCUGACUCACCUUACCGACGGAUCCGAGGCCAAGAACAAGUCAACCAUGAAGCAGAUUAGAGUCGGUCAAAAGCUGAACGAGCUUGUUGUGGUAGAGAAGUUGAACAGAAGACACUUGGUCAUCCUGAGCAACAAGCCCAGCUUGGUCAAGGCCGCCAGCUCCAAGACUUUGGUCAGCCAGUUCAAGAGUCUUUCGCAAGGCCAGGAAGUUGCUGGUUUCGUACGCAACAUCACCCCCGAUGGUGUCUUUGUUGAGUUCGCUGCUGGUCUGGUCGGUUUCAUGCCCAAGACCCAGAUUACACAGGAGAAGCUCGCACUGCCCGCUUUCGGUCUGCGCAAGGAUCAAUCUAUCACCACCAGAGUUCUUUCCGUUAACCAGGAGUCCAAGCGCUUUGUUCUGACUAUUCGCCCCGAGGAGAAGAAGGAAGAGAAGCCUCAGACUGCUGUCCCUACCACUGUCACCAACCCCGUCGAUGGAGUUUCCACCUCGUUGACCGACUUCACCCUGGGUAAAGAAACUCAGGCACGCAUUGUCUCCAUCAAGGACACUCAGCUCAACGUUCUGCUCGCCGACAACAUCCAAGGUCGCAUUGAUGUUUCCGAGGUCUUCAACAGCUGGGAAGACAUCAAGGACAGAAAGAAGCCUCUUCAAAAGUUCAAGGCCAAGCAGGUUCUUCCUGUCAAGGUUCUCGGUAUCCACGACGCCCGUAACCACCGUUUCCUGCCUAUCACCCACCGCCACUCCCGUGUUCCCGUUCUCGAGCUUACUGCUAAGACCAACACUUCAUUGAAGUCUGAAUCUGAUGUUUUGACCCUUGACCAAGUCAAGGUCGACUCCACCUGGAUUGCCUACGUCAACAACAUUGGCGACAAGUGCCUGUGGGCUAACUUGUCACCCAACGUCCGUGGUCGUAUUGAUCUUCUUGACGUCUCGGAUGAUGUCUCUCUCCUCCAGGAUAUCCCCAAGAACUUCCCUGUUGGCUCUGCCAUCCGCGUCAAGGUCAAGAGCGUUAAUGCCGCCGCUAACCGCUUGGAUCUUGUUGCAGCAUCCGCUGCCUCAUCUGCUCCAGUUACUCUCAAGACUCUUACUGAAGGUCAGAUCCUCGCUGGAAAGGUCACCAAGGUCAGCGAGCGUAACGUUAUUGUUCAGCUGAGCGACUCCGUCUCUGGUAUUGUUACUUUGACCGAGCUGUCUGAUGACUUCACCGAGGCCAACCCUACAACACACAGCAGAGGUGACAUUGUACGUGUCUGCGUCUCUGCCGUUGACGCACCCAACAAGCGUGUCUACCUCAGUAUGCGUCCUUCCAAGGUUCUGAGUUCAGCACUGCCCGUUGAGGAUCGUCAAAUUACCUCCAUCCCUCAAUUGGUUGUCAACGAUGUCGUCCGCGGUUUUGUCAAGGCUGUCACCGAGAAGGGUGUCAUUGUCAACCUCGGUCCUCGUAUCGAUGCUUUCGUUCGUAUCUCCGACCUGUCGGACUCGUUCGUCAAGGAAUGGAAGUCAGCUGUUGAGAUCGACCAGCUUGUUAAGGGCAAGAUCCUGCAGGUUGACGCAAACCUGAACCAUGUCCAGAUGAGUCUGAAGCAGUCUCACGUUGACAAGGAUUAUGUUCCCGCCAACUCUUUCGCCGACCUCAAGGUCGGUCAAUUUGUCACUGGUAAGGUGAGAAAGGUUGAGGACUUCGGUGUCUUCAUCGAUGUCGACAACACCAUCCCUCGUGUUAGUGGUCUGUGUCAUAAGAGUCAGAUUGCCGACUCUGCUGUCGAGGAUGUCAAGAAGCUGUAUGAUGCUGGUGAUCUCGUCAAGGCCAAGGUCUUGCACAUCGACACCGAGAAGCGCCGUAUCAGUUUCGGUCUCAAAGCAUCAUACUUCAAGGACCUUGAAAGCGAUGAGGAGAUGGAGGAUGACGAUGAAGAAGAUGAGUCUGAAGGUGAAGGUGUUCCUCUUGCUGACGACUCGGAGUCUGACGAUGGUGUCGACAUUGAUAUGUCCAACGUCCAAGACAUGGAGAGUGAAGAAGAGGCCGCCUCGGACGAAGAGAUGAGCGAAGACGAAGCACCCACAUCCCGCAAGUCCAUCCUCGGCGGUCUUACCACCUCUGGGUUCGACUGGAACGGUGCUGCCGCUCUCGACAACGAUGGCGCCAUCUCCGAUGCCGAAGAAGCCUCUGCACCCCUCAAGAAGCGCAAGCGCAAGGCCGCCAUUCAAGUCGACCAGACCGGCGACCUCGAUGCCAAUGGCCCUCAGUCUGUCGCCGACUUCGAACGCAUGCUGCUCACCUCCCCCUCCGACUCCUCCCUCUGGAUCCAAUACAUGGCCUUCCAACUCGGCCUCUCCGAAGUCCAAAAGGCCCGUGAUAUCGGCCAACGUGCCCUCCGCACCAUCCACCUCCGUGAACAGGACGAGAAGCAGAACAUCUGGGUCGCACUCUUGAACUUGGAAGUUGCCUACGGCGACGCCGACUCGGUCGAGUCGACCUUCAAGGAAUCCUGCAAGGUUCAAGAUAGCUUCACCAUGCACGAAAAGCUCGCCGCCAUCUACACAUCCUCCGGUGACUUCCGCGCCGCCGAGAAGAUCUUCGACCAAAUGGCUUCCACCAAGUCUUUCCGUCCUAACCCCAACCUCUGGCUCAAUUACGCCACUUUCUUGUUUGAGAAGAGAAAUGCGGCAUCUCAAGCUCGCGCAUUGCUCCCUCGUGCGCUGCAAUCGGUGGCUUCCCACGACCACCGCAAUCUGACUGCCAAAUUCGCCGCUCUCGAAUUCCGCACUAGCACAGGCGAACCAGAGCGCGCCCGCACAAUCUUCGAAUCCAUGCUCACACAAUGGACGAAAUGGACACAAGGAUGGGACAUGUGGUGUGACCUCGAACGCAGCCUCUCCAAAACCUCUGGCAAAAAGGAAGAUGUCGAGCGCGUACGCGGUCUCUUCGAGCGCAUGGCAAACGGCAAGAUGAAGAAACGUCGUGCCAGAUUUGUUUUCAAGAGAUGGUUGGAAUUCGAGGAGGAGCAAGGUGAUGCUAAACAUGUUGAUGCUGUAAAGGCUAGAGCAAAGGCUUUUGUCGAGAAGAUGCAGAAUGGUGGUGAGGAUGAGGACAUGGAGGAUUAGAUGUUGAAGGUAUCGAAAAUCAUGGCGUUUUCUUUUUUGGGAGCUUGGGCUUGUUUAUACCUUUUCUACAUUACACUAUUUCUUAUUGUCAGUUGUUUUUCAGCGCGAAAAGCAUUCUUCAUUUCAUCCAUGUGUUGAGUCGUCUUUUGUAUGUGAGAGAGACAAGUCCUGAGUACUGUGGAAAGUACGAUCAUGUGUUUCAAACUUGGCAAGGCUCCACGUGAAGAGUGAAUGAAUGAUUCAGAAAGAGGAGAAAGAUGACCAAACUGUAUUGACAUUAUAAUUGGUAACCAGUAACGAA